UCACAGGCAGAGCUGUAUUGAAUGGAGCGGAGUGGCUUCUCCGAGGAAGUAAAGCACAGUAGCAGCAGAACCCCUGUUGUUGGGACAUGCAUGGUGUAGCUACAAAAGGACUUCCUCUUUUCAGGUUUAGCACUGCUACCAGACCAUGCAGAGCCUCAUCAGGGAGGCAGAAACUGGGGAAGAGAGGCGAGAAGCAUCAUUGCAGAUAACGGAUUCCUUGGACACCGCCCACACGUACCAACCCUGGGAUUCGCUAACUCACCUGGCGACGGUGCUGGGUAGGACAGAACCUCGGCUGUCGGAAUGGAACAGCAGAUUGGACCAAAGUUUUUCUCCACUGCCCAGAGUGACCAGGGAGUCAAUGAGACAGUAUCUGCAGUUUCCCCCUGACCAAUCUGUGCGAAUACUCCAUGCAAAGGUCGCCCAGAAAUCAUACGGCAACGAGAAACGGUUCUUCUGCCCUCCUCCUUGUGUUUACAUCAGUGGCUCAGGAUGGAAACUGAAACAAGACCUUUUGAAUGCCACUGGUGCAGGGGACUCCUGCUACAGACUCUAUGGUUAUAUGGGCCUGGACAGCUCCUGUGUUGCCCAGGCAGACACCUCCAAACUAGCCUUCGAGGACCAGCCUGAUGCCAGGAUGUUUGCCUGCGCCAAGUCCCUGUACAUCUCUGACACAGACAAAAGGAAGCACUUUCGCCUGGUCCUCAAGCUCUUCCUUGGUAACGGGCAGGAGAUUGGCUCCUUCCUCAGUAAGCUGAUCAAAGUUAUCUCCAAACCGUCCCAGAAGAGGCAGUCUAUGAAGAACGCUGACUUGUGUAUUUCCACAGGGUCGAGGGUGGCUCUGUUCAACCGCUUGAGGUCCCAAACGGUCAGCACACGUUACUUGGCCGUAGAACGAGGGGCCUUUGUAGCCAGUGCCAGACAGUGGACUGCAUUUACAGUCACUCUAGUGGAUGACCAGCAUGCUGACUCGGAGGAGUUCACGGUGUGUGAGGGAUUCAUCUGCUACGGCUGUGUGGUUCAGCUGGUCUGCACUGACUCCGGGGUGGCCCUGCCCCCCAUGGUGAUCCGCAAGGUGAACAAGCAGCACGCCAUCCUGGAUGUGGACGAGCCCGUCUCCCAGCUUCACAAGUGUGCCUUUCAGUUCAAGGACAACAGCCAGAUGUACCUCUGUCUGUCUAACGAGAGAAUCAUACAGUACCAGGUCUCAUCCAGUCUGAGGGAGCAGAGCAGAGAGGUGCUGAACGAUGGAUCAUGUUGGACCAUCAUCGGUACAGAGGCAGUGGAGUAUACGUUCUGUGAGGGCUUGGCCUGCGUUCAGGGCUCCGUCAGCCCAAUACCUGUCAUCACAGGACUGGAGGUGAAUGGUGGAGGACAUGUAGCCAUGCUAGAAGUAAAUGGAGAAAACUUUGGCCCCCAUCUGAAAGUUUGGUUUGGAAAUGUGGAGGCAGAAACUAUGUUAAGGUCACCAAAGUCCAUGCUGUGUGUGGUUCCAGACGUGUCCGUGUUCAGUGGGGAGUGGAGAUGGCUGCGGCACCCCAUCACCGUACCUCUGUCCCUCAUUCGUCUGGACGGUCUGAUCUACAGGAGCACCUUCAGCUUCACCUACACCCCUGAACACAACACCCCCCCGCAGGCCAGAGGGGCACUGCAAAAUGCCCCAGAGUCUGACACUCUCAUAGACUUCAUCCACCAAGAGUUCACACGCACCAACUUCCACUUGUUCAUGCAGAACUAGCUAGUAGAGCUGGGCUGCAUUAUGAUUCUUUACCCUUCUCCUGAGAUGUGCACUCAUUCACUCCCCCUCCUGCAUUUAAAAGCAUUGGAUUGGAGUAAGCAUGGCUGGGGGAACUUUCCACCAUAUUCCUGACAGCAGCUCAUUCCUUUUUUUUCUUGUUUUUUCCCCCACAGUAGGGUUGUUUCACGAAUAGAGUGCUUUUUAUGUCCCUCAGGAAUUAUGUAUGUACAUUUAGCUAAACACUCAAUUGAACAGUUGGAUCACAUACAUACAUAGUGCUCCCGAGGCUCCCGAGUGGCACAGCUGUCUAAGGCACUGCAUCUCAGUGUUAGAGG